GACAACAUCCCUCCACAUUUGUAUCCCCAGAUAUACAAAGUAAACAUGUCUUCCUUCCACGGAUUGAUAUCUCGACUUCAAUAUCAUAAUCCUAAUCCUGAUCGGCUGGAGUCGUGUUGAGUGAAAUAGAAAAAAAAAGCUCCAUGGGGGGUUUUGAAAAGGUGGGAGCUAACAAAUUCAAGGAACUAAACGGAUUCCAAGAAUGGCGAAGGAAUCGAUGAUCCCAUGGAAAUUUGGUCGAUGGCAAGGUUAUCUCUCCUAUGCUGUGUAGUGAGAUGAGAUGAGGGGCUUGACAGGUCUGACAAGACCCUUUCUUUUCUGUUCUUUUCUCUCUCUGCAUCUUUCCAUCCACUCGUAGGUUAUAUCUUCAUAUUUACCAAGAACAACUUCUUGUUGUAUGCUGUCUACAAGAACACAUACUACCAUCCAUCAACGACUCUACGAAUAUGCGAACAGAACACAAUCUACUAUGAUCCCUUUGACAAUCAGCAAAUACCAAUAAAUACAAUCCCAAUCAUGUCGAAUCUCGAACCGUCUCAUCUAGCUUCUACAAGCUCAAUCAAACUUACCCAACGACAUGAUCGAUCGACUUUGAAUGUUGUGGCACAGAAAGCCAUCAAAACAUUCUCCGAAACAAUCCUCAAAACACAUCCUCCCUUCCCAUCAGGAUCUGCCCAAUUAACUCCCCACCAUUCCAUCGAGAAACAUUGUCGAAUCACCGAACAUCAAAUCGCAGAUACAUAUAUCUAUACCUUCUCACCCCUCUCCACCCCGCCACCGUCUCCAUCCACCCAGCAAAAACCUCAAGCGGUUCUCGAUAAGUUAUAUUAUUUCGCAGGCGGAGGAUUCAGAAGUGGCGCUUUGAAAGAGCAUUGGAGUCUCUGCGCGGAACUAUGCAAGAAGCUUCCCGAAUACGAAAUUAACAUCGUCAGUUAUCCUCUUGCGCCCAGCUCCCCGGCUGCCCAUUCCUUGCCGCUUUUGAGGAAAUUCUACGAUGCUUUGGCGGAACAGGCAAAGAGAGAGGGGUAUAGAAUUACACUGAUGGGAGAUUCGGCUGGGGGAAAUAUUGCGUUGGUUUUGGGACUGUAUGGAGCGACUUGUUGGUUACGGGAUGCUGGGCCAGAAGGAGCUGGGAAUGUCUGCCCAUUGAGAAACGUAAUGGUCAUGUCACCGCCUACCGACAUGCGAAAUACAAAUCCAGGAAUCGACGCAAUAGAUGCUCACGAUCCAAUUCUUUCGCGAGCCGUCAUCACCGAGGUAGCAGAAAGGUGGCGUCAAGAUAUUCCAGCAGAAGAUCCAACAGUUUCGCCUCUUCUGGCUGAUCUAAGCGUCUUCAAAAGGGCGGGUGUACAAGUAGAUGGAGUGGUAGGUUUGUAUGAUUGUUUGGCUCCCGACUCGGUGGAGUUCAGAAAGAAACUGGAGAAGGAGGGAGUUAAAGGCGAAUGGUUGGAAUGGGAUAAGCAGAUGCAUUGUUUUCCGUUGACAUUUUCAUAUAAGAUAUCCGAGGGAGUGUUUGGGAAGGAUUGGAUCAUUGAUGUUUUGAGGCGUAAUUUGGAGCCAUCGAUAGAGUAAUAGACUAAUCUUAAUCUUAAGUUAGACAUAGAACUAUGUGCGAUGUAACACUGAAUCUACCCGGUCAUGUGCA